UUUCAUUUUUCGGGUCCAUCUUUAUCCCAACAACAACCAUCAACACUGAAGCUCUAUUCAUACUUCAGGAGCUCUUGUUUUUUUCGUGUUCGUUUUGCCCUUCAUCUGAAAGGGUUGAAUUAUGAGUACAAGGCAGUCAACCUAUUGAAAGGAGAACAGUUGAGUCCAGAGUUUUUGGAGGUGAAUCCUGUUGGUUAUGUGCCGGCACUGGUGGAUGGGGACUUAUUAGUUUCCGAUUCUUUUUGCUAUCUUACUGGUAUGUUAAUUUACUUGGAAGAGAAGUACCCUCAGCAUCCACUUUUGCCUACGAACCUUCAGGAAAAAGCCGUCCAUUACCAAGCGGCGAAUAUUGUUGGCUCGGGGAUACAGCCAUUGCAGAACCUUGCUAUCCUAAGAUAUAUUGGGGAAAAAGUCGAUGAGGACGAGAAGAUUCCUUGGGUUCAACAGCACAUAGGAAAAGGCUUUGCAGCACUUGAGAAGUUAUUAGGAGGUUAUCAUGGAAAAUUAGCCACAGGAGAUGAAAUUUUCCUGGAGGAUCUGUUUAUAGCUCCCCAGAUUCAUGCAGCGGUCAGUCGUUUUAAAAUUGACAUGACUCAGUAUCCUACUCUAUCCUGGCUGUAUGAAUCAUACAAUGAAUUACCAGCUUUUCACGCUGCUUUGCCUGAGAACCAACCAGACUCCACGAAGUAACACUGUGGGGUUGUUCAUCUACUGCUCUUAUGCUUCUUUUGAUUAUGUUAUUCCAACAAAAAUGUCAAAAUUACGGUUUGGAGUCAUAACCGUGACACAAAAAACGACCUGGAUAUCUAGCCGUAAUUGGGAGUCAAUUUCUGUAUGGGUUAUCAGAGUAAUAUACGGCCAGGUCUUUCCCAGCCGUAAACAAAUUACGGAAGUUGUUUCCAACCGUUUUUGGGUUACGACCAGGAAAUCGAAAGGUCGACCAAGCGGGUUUUAUGGUCUUUGCCUAGACAUACACCUUCCAUUCUGCUGGACCUACAACUUUUGAAUCUUACUGUAGUUUGCACCA